AUGCCUUCUCAAUCAGCACUUUCAGCAGACGAGAAGUCUAAAGUAAAAUCUACUUUAGAAAAUUCCUCGCAGAAGAUACUCACCGCUACCGCUGCGCGUAUCUACUUCGCACAUCCGCAGCCAAACCGCUGGUCUUAUGGCGGUUUGCAAGGCGCACUCGCCUUCAUACGAGAUGAUUCCAAAGGAGCCUUCAUACUGAGGCUGGUUGAUUUAACGGGGACAAGAGGCGUUAUAUGGGAACACGAACUAUAUGAAGCGUUCGAGUAUCACCAGGACAGGUCGUUCUUUCAUUCAUUCGCGGGCGAUAAAUGCAUGAUUGGCUUUGUCUUUGCUGAUGAGAAAGAUGCGAAAGUCUUCUUCAAGAAAGUAACGAACCGCAAAGCUGAUAAAGGUAUGGCGGUACAGAAGCUCUGGUUGACCGCCUCUGACCUCCAUGCUUCAGUCAAAACUUCCUCCUCAGAGAAGAAGAAAUCUGCCAAGGGCGGUAGAAUAGACAAAUCCAUCAUUUCAGGUCCAACCGCUGGUUCGUUCGUGCAUGUUGCACACAUGGGCUAUGACGCUGACAAGGGUUUUACGUCCACCAACGUUGACCCAUCAUGGACCGCCUUUCUGAGCGAGCUGGAGGGUUCAGGCGUUAGUCGCGAGGUCAUCGAGUCGAAUAUGGAUUACAUUAAAGGCUUUGUCCGUGAUGCGCAAAGUGCACCCCCGCCUGCUGCCAAGAAACCGCCGCCGCCCCUACCUGCGCCUAGAAAUAGGGGGCACACGCAGCAGGGUAGUGUUGCAUCAUCAGUUAAUGGCGAUUCUGCACCUACUUCCCGUGCUCCUCUAUCUCCGUCGCGUCCAGUCUCUGUUGCGCCGCAUCUACCCCCUGCUGCAGCGUCCCCGUCAUCGGGUCCCACCUGGGUUGCUCCACCGCCACCACCACAACCACCACAACGAGGCCCUCCAACUGCUGCUCAUACACCCGCGGCCCACUCAGUAAGACCAGGACCACCCCAACCGCCUGUUCGUCCCGCGACUGCUGUCCGUCCACCUCCGCCUCCUGUGCGACCACUAGGCAGUGCUCCUGUACAACUUCGAGGGUGUGUUCUACCACCACCACCACCACCACGACCUCUAGUCAGAACUCCACCACUCCCACCACCUUCAUCUGGAGAUCCUCCGCCGCCUCCGCCCCCACCACCGCCUCCACCUUCAUAUGGGGAUCCUCCUCCUCCUCCGCCACCGCCACCACCACCACCACCACCACCACCAGGAGUGGCGCCGCCCCCACCCCCGCCCCCGCCACCCUCAAAUGGGGAAGGAGGUACAUCAGUAUUACCCACUUCCCCGCAGCCUGGUCGCGCGGAUCUUCUUGCAUCCAUUCGUGGACAGAAUGUGACAAAUUUACGGAAGACGGGUGGUCCUCAGUCAACGCCGCCUCCCCCCACCGCGCCUGCUGCAGAAGAAUCUGGUGGAGGUGGAGCAGGUGGAAAUCUGACUGCCGCAUUGGCUGCUGCUUUACUGGAAAGGAACAAGAGGCUAGGUGAUAGUGACGAAGAGGAAGAGGACGAUGACUGGGACUAA